CCACUGCAUAAUACACUGAAGCUCCCCACUGCAUGACACAUUGCGAAGCUCCCCACUGCAUAACACAUUGAAGACAUGACGCAUCAUGAUAUCCGCGGGGUUAUUAAUGCUAUAAUGUGCUCGACGGCGAUUACUCUGUCUACCAAUUACAUGACGCAUCAUGAUAUAAGGUCAUAAAUCUUGGUCAUAGUGAUACUUACACUCGCGAGAAGAAUGCGCAUACUAUGAGAUUAAAUGAACUAUAAAGAGUAUUAUCACUCUGUCUAAUAUUGUUCUUGAACGUGACUUCUUCUUCUCACAUAACUUUGUUCUUCAAUGUGUCAAUCUAUACGCAUGCUUGCGAUAUAAAGACUAUAGAGGAGUAUAUAGAAUCCCAAGAGGAGUGAUCGAAAGAUAAGAUGACGACGUCCCAAGAAGAGAAAUCCAUUUAUCUGUUACUCAAGUGAACAGAACGGAGAAGAUGAGACGUCUUUUCCUUUUCUCUUAUAAGGGAUUUGUUGUACUAUAUUUAACGUCUCAUUAGUUUGUUACGUGAGAACUCUGUAUAAGAGAGAGUUUAACAGAACGUAGAUAUUGUAACUAUAGGGAUUUUAAUUGAAUUAAUGAACCGAACCGGUUGGUUCCGAGUUGGAAAAUCAAUUGAAAUCUGCGAAUAUAACCAAUUCGUUGGUUGCUGGCCAAGGCAAAAAAUAUAUGAUAAUCAACUAACAUAAUCAGUUUAUGGCAAUAUACUUAUAUCGUAGUGUGCUGGCCGAAAUAUAACUUUCUGUUAUCGUAGUGUGCUGGCCGAAAUAUAUUGUAAGUUUCCAAUUAAGAAGUUAGGUGCUGACAAAAAAAAAAGUUAGGUUUUCCCUUUUAAGUUUUAUAUUUGUGAUUUUUAGAUUUUGAUGAAGAUUUCAUUAUGUCACCUGAAGAAAAUGAAGUGAACGAUGGUAGAGAGAACCAAAAUUAGUUGAUGUGAUUUGGUGUUAGUUUAUUUCCGUUAUUGACAAUUUAUUAUAAUGAUCUUUCACUUUGAGUUUAUUUUGAAUUUGAAGUUUAAUUUAUUAUUCAAAAUAGAAAUAUAAAUAUUUAUAAAUUUUAUAUCUUAAAUUUUUUUAGAUGUCAUAACUUUUACUUUGUUACAGAAAAUUUUAAAUAGUCUAAACUAUUUUUUGAUAUUUUGUAUGUAAAAUGAAAAUAAAAAUAUAAAAACUAAAGUUAAGUAUUUUAUAAAUACCUUUUAAACAUAAAAUAUAUACAUAUCGAAACUAUUAUUUUAUGUUUUAACAACAUUUAGAAAAUAUUAAACUAUAGUUUUUAUAUUAAUUUUUUCAUAGUUAAUAUAUUAUUAUAUAAUAAAAUUAAUUCAUUUAUUAAUCCAAGAUUCACCCGCGGUCGAUCCACUGACCCAUCGACCGGUAAGUCCUUUUAACAUAAUGAGAAAGAAGGUUUUUGGAUAAGCUUUAAGAAGUAAGAACAUGCUAACGUUUAUUAUGGUUGUUAAUGUCAACAUGGUCACAUUAAAAGAUACAAAAGCCGGCAAUACCACUCUGAGGUUGACUUAAAUAAUAAUCAAAAUUAUAUUAAAAUUUUGAUAAUAUUUACGAUGAUGCUGGUGAAUUUUUCUGAUCACUUAAUAAAAACUUUGAAUUUUCUAUUUUUUAUAACUUAUAGUAUAUGGCCCUUAUUUAUUAGCUAUUGAUAAUAUAAUAAGUUUGAAACACUCAUAUACUGAAGCCUAAAAAUUUUCGAUGGAGGAUUAUCUACACCGAAUUCUAUAAAAGAAUGAUGUAUCUUUCAAUUAAUGAUUACUUAAGAUAUUUAUUAUAUAUUUAUUUAAAAAAUGAAAAUGAUCGCAUUAAAUCAACUGAUUGUAUCAGGUAAGAUAUCAAGUUUUUUACAUAAAAUUUGCAAUAAUCGAUAUAUAUUCCAACUGCAUAUCUAUCACCGAAAGAAAGAAAAACAAAAAUCAGUUUAAUCGAACAAACCAAAAUAAAUACAGUUUCCGAACGGUUGUUAUAUUUUAAAAGAGUUAAAUCUAAAAAAAUCUAACCUAAAACCAAAUCGAUGUCUACACUAAAAAGAUCUAAUAUCUUUUUAUCUUAUAAAUAUUAAAAUUAAUAAUUUUAUUCCGCGCAAGACGCGGAUUAUCACCUAGUAUAUUAUUAUUAUAUGGUCAAACAUUCCAAAAAAGUAUUAUGACUUUACAACUGGAAAGUUCUCUCUGUUGACGUGUCACAUUUGCUGAUAACAUAUCCCUAAUUGGUCUCACAACCCUCUUGAGUCGAUCCUCGUCUCUUCUUCCCCAAGUCCUCAACUUUCGAAAUAAUAUCUCUCUAUAAACUUCACAUUCUCCUCCUCUUAUGUGGUAAAUGUAAUAGUAAGUAAACUGUGCUUUUGGGAUUUCGAGAAGCAUGAAGAGUUUCUUACCGUUGACCAGAAAGCAAAACGCUUUACCAGCUCUUGUCCUGUUUCUACUAUUAUCCGUAUCAGAGCUAGCUUCAAGUCAACCCGCACAACACAGCCACAGGCUAGCUCUCACAAUAUAUUUGGUCAUUUUUUGUGUAAUCGCCUUUUUCUUAAUCUUGGCAUUCCUCCCCGACUGCAUCCGCCGCUGCAACGAAGCAGUCAACGGCAGCGUUGACCCUUCCGUAGGAGGAGCGAGGGGAGAGACUAACGCGACAGUUGCGCGUGGUAUCGACGCGUCGAUGAUCGAGACGUUCCCGACUUUCAUCUAUUCGGAAGUGAAGACACAGAAGAUCGGGAACGGUGCGUUGGAGUGUGCUAUCUGUCUGACCGAGUUUGGGGACGAUGAAACGCUGCGUUUUCUACCUAAAUGCGAUCACGUGUUCCAUGCGCACUGCAUCGGUGCAUGGCUACAGGGUCACGUAACUUGUCCCGUUUGCCGCACGAAUCUUGCUUAUAGCCAGCAGCAGAUGGCUGAACCUGUCGAACCGGAAGUAAUAACCGAAACGGAUAUCGAGUCUCAGCAACCGGUGAUUUCCGAACCGGUAGUGGAGAGUGUUGCACGUGUCAAAUUAGUGAGGUCACACACCACGGGACAUUCCGUGAUAUUACCUGGAGAAUGUACCGAGCGGUUUACGCUAAGGUUACCGUAUGAUUUAAGAAAGAAGAUAAGGGCAAAUUGGAAAAUGAACCGGUCGAAUAGUCUUUCGGUUCUACCGAGGAGUACUGGUAAACCGGUUGACCGGUCACUGGAUCGAUGGGACCAGUGGUUAUUCAUCAAAUCACCGCAGUUUAUGUGGCGGAGACGGGACGAUGGUUCUAUUAGGCGAGGUCGUGGUGAUAGCAUUUAAGCAAAUGCAGUACUACCGGUGACUCGGUACAAGCAGACCGGUGGAGUUUUCUUAGAAACACUUCGCUUGUAUGGAGUACGUCGGUUGAAGUUAAUAGGGACGGUGAAGGAACAUCAUCGGUUCAAGUUCAACGUACCGAGACAAUAUUGCUCAAAAGUUUUGUUUGUUUUUGUGGAAUUGAUAAAGUGACUAUUUCAUUUUAUUUAAAGGUGAUUUUUUUUGGAUCUAAAAUAAAUAGGUCAUUUUACAUAAUUUAUUCUAUCAAAAUAACAAUAUAGCUUCUAUCAAAAAAAAUUUUUUCUUGCCUUCCCAAAGAAAAAAGGUUGAGCAUUGUUCAUACAAAUAGAUAAUACGCAAUUCUUUAGCUUUCUUUAUCUUUUCUUGUAAGAUAUUGAAUGUCAAUCCCAUAUGGACAAGGAAAUUGUGUUUAUGUACGUUUUUCAGUAAUAUCAUUCGUAAACUACUAAAUUAAUAUCCCCUUCUGUGUAGUUCAGACACUAGAUAAUCAUAAUCUUAUCCCCACACAGUUCAGACAAGUAAUCAUUUGAACUUUAAAAUACGAGAUAUUAACCUUACUUGAUAGCUGAUACCAAACAUAGUUUGUAUACAAUCUUAUUAUGGAAUGAAUCAUAUACAUUCCAAAUUAUAUCAAACAUAAAAUAAUAGCGACUUCAUUCUCAAUGUAUACAUAUCUAUAUAGACGACGAUUCUUGACCAAAAAAGAAAAAAAAUAUGGACCACGACUAGGUCGCCUUCCUAAUGGAUAAACACAAACGCAGACGUAAUUGCAAUUUUGUUUGUAUGAUCGUUUAUUCUCUCGAAAUAAUUAAUGCUGUCCUGGUGACUGGUCCAGUGGAAGCCUCCGGCAUAUGCUAACGAUGGCGGAAUUGUGCUGGUGACUGCAACUACAUACACGCCGCAAUUCACCAAACGUAUAAGUUUCUGGAACUCUCACAAAGUGUUAAUGUCCAUUGCUUUCUAGGUUGUAAAAUUUUAUGGACGAGUGAUCGAUAAAGGAAAAGUAGGACCGGUAACAAGAAGAUUGCAAAGCACUUACAAGAAACUGACGGAUGAUCAAUGGCGGACCCAGAAAAUAUUUUUACCUGGGUCAUGAUUUAUACUUAAGCCCAAACAAUAGUAAAAAGCCCAUACAAAAGCAUGAAUUUUUUUAGAAAAAUGGUGCAGGAAGGGAAUUGAAACUGGGUUAGGGGUGUCAAAGAUCAAAAUCAGUGAAAUGAGCUACUUUAGACUACAAACUUAAGCUUACAAACCAAAUAUCUAAUUUAACCUGUUGCAGUUGACCCACCUUCCUUCCAUGUGGGUCCGCCUCUGCGGAUGUUCAGGCAUCCCAAUACCUACUUACCAAGAACCUUGAACCAUGUGUUUGAUCAAAUAGAAUACACAAGGUAACUUACGUUGGCCAGUGACGGAUCCAGGAUGAAUUUCUAGCGGGGCAGAAUGACAAAACAGUAGUAAUAUAUUUAUAAAUUCAAAUUUUCAUCCAUAGCAUUAUUAAAAUUUUAAGCAAAAUUACACCAAAAAAAAACAAUCCGCACAACCGUGCGGAUAUAUAUUUUCACAUUUAUAUAUAUAUAUAUACAGAUAUUUGUUUUACAUAAUUAUUAUAUAUUUUAAUGUUACUCACAUAUUCAAAUGUUUGUAUAAUUAUGCCAAAUAUAAUACUUUUAUAGUUUUUAUGCUGUAAAUUAAAAUCAUCACAUAUAUAUGUUGCUUAUUAUAUAUUUGUCCUAUUGAAUUUGCGUUUGAUUACUAAACUAAUUUUUUUAAUGCAUGAAACAACAUAUAUGAAAACAAUUUUGUAUUUAAUUUAUUAUAAUCAUGAUCUUUAGUUCAAAUCGCUAGAUUGUUUUAGUAAUUUUUAAUGUUUAUUAAUUUAAAAAAUAAAUUACUGUAUAUUAAAAAG